CAAUUUCCCCAUGCAAAAAAACUAGUGGAAAGAGGAGAGAACCAUGAAAAUGGGUAUGGAGAAUUCAAAGUUCUUUCUCAUUCUCAUAGUAUUUGUGGCAUUUCUGGUGGGUUCUCAAGGUGUAGGUGACAAGGAAAAGAAAGGGGAGCUCUAUAAUGCUAAGGAUGGAGGGUAUGGAGGAGGGCCUGAUGGAGGGCAUGGAGGAGGGCCUGAUGGAGGGUAUGGAGGGGGGCAUGGAGGAGGGCCCGAUGGAGGGCAUGGAGGAGGGCCUGGAGGAGGGCCUGAUGGAGGGCAUGGAGGUGGGCCUGAUGGAGGAUAUGGUGGAGGGCCUGAUGGAGGAUAUGGAGGGGGGCCAUUUGGAGGAUAUGGAGGAGGUCCAUAUGGAGGAUAUGGGGGUCCAUUUGGUGGCUACGGAGGAGGCUUUCCAUUACUUGGGGGGCUUCCAUUACUUGGGGGUCUUCCUUUGCUUGGAGGGCUUCCACUUCUUGGGGGGCUUCCACUUCCUUUUGGAAGGCUUGGGGGGCUUCCACUUCCUUUUGGAAGGCAUGGGCGCGGAUUUGGUUCUGGCAUCCAGGGGACUAAAGGUAAUGGUGAGAAAGGAGCUUAUGGCGGGAAGGGAGACUUUCUUAACCCUAAAGGUAAUUAUGGCGGGAAAGGAGACUUUCCGAACCCUAGAGGAGAUUAUGGAGGAGAGGGAGGCAUCCCUAAUCCUAAAGGAGAUUAUGGCGGGAAGGAAGACAUUCCAUACCCUAAAGGAGAUCAUGGUGAGAAGGGAGACAUUCCAUACCCUAAAGGUGAUUACGGCCGGAAGGGAGGCUUUCCUAACCCGAAAAGCGAUUAUGGCGGGGGGAAGGGAGACAUUCCUAACCCUAAAGGAGAUUAUGGUGGGAAAGGAGACGUGCCUAAAGGUGAUGGUGGAGCUGGUGGUGGCCAGUAUCCAUAGCCAAACAGAUGUUGGUCAACUGAACUGAGGUGUAUUUUAACCAUAUAAAUAACUAGCCUAGUUUAACCAUAUAAAUAACUAGCCUAGCUCAAGAACUUUGGCCUCUUUGGGAUUGUUAGCUCAUCUAUAAGGCCACAGGACGUUGGUGCUUUACAUAUCUGUAAUGGGUUAGCUUUUUAAUAAAUUUGCCUCAGUUGUCUCCAGUC